AUGCACUUGACCACUGCUCAAUCGGACCCAGCAUUGUACGCCAACCUGGUCAAGUCGUGCCGGAGUCUCCAGCAAGCCCAAAAGAUCCACGCGACGAUCUCCGCCAGCGAGCACCGCCACAACAUUUUCCUCGCCAACCUUGUCAUCGAAAUGUAUGGGAAGCACGGAAGUGUUGAGAAAGCCCGCGAGGUUUUUGAUAGCCUUCCGGAGCCGAAUCUUUUUUCGUGGAACAUCAUCGUCACUGCAUAUGCCAGUAACGGGGAUUUGUACACCGCAAGAUUGAUGUUCGAAAACAUGCCGUGUCGGGACGUGGUUUCGUGGACUGCAAUCCUCAAAGCCUAUUCUGAUGUUCCAUUUCUAAAUGAAUCGAAUGAAAUAUUUGACAGCAUGCCACACAAGAACAUAAUCUCGUGGAACAUUAUCAUUGUAGCAAAUGCCGCUAAUGAGCAUUUGGAAAAGGCAUGGAGCAUGUUUGAUACAAUGCCCGGGUGGUCUAUUGUGACGUGGAACACAAUGCUCCAGCACAGCAAACACUACGAUGACGCGCGGUCGGUGUUCGAUGACAUGGCCUGCCACGACAUCCUGUCAUGGAACGGCCUCUUGGGUGCCCUUGUCCAAGACGGGCGUUUCACCGAAGCUUUGAAACUUUUCCAGGAGAUGCCGGAGCGCGAUGUUGCCUCGUACAACUUUGCAAUCGCAGCAGUGUCGCAGGGCGAGGAUCUGAGCGAAGCAAGGACGAUCUUCGAGAGAAUGCCCGAGAGAGACCUGUUUUCGUGGACGACGCUCUUGAAUGCGCUUGCAGCAACUGGAAGACUCACACAAGCUCGGGCGUUGUUUAACCAGAUGCCAGCGGUGGACAUUGUUGCUUGGUCCUCUAUGACGGAGGCAUAUGCCCGAGCUGGGCAUACUCUUAAAGCGAUGGCGAUGUUCACAGAAAUGCCCGAGCGCGAUAUUAUAUCCUGCACGGCCAUUUUCAACGCGUUCUCCGAGAGUGGAAACAUUUCAGAGGCGGAAGAUAUCUUCGCAAAAAUGCCUCAGCAAGAUGACAUCUCGUGGACUGCGAUGCUCGCUGCAUAUGCCCGAAACGGGUAUUUGGACAAGGCACAAGCCAUGCUGGAGUCCACUUCAGCACCCAACGUUGUGACGUGGACUGCAAUGCUGGCUGGAUAUGCCCAGCACGGGCAUCUUGAGGAAGCCCAGUUGUUGUUCAACACAAUGCCGUGCUGGAACACAGUGACAUGGAGCGUGAUGAUCGCGGCAUAUGCCCAAAACGGGCAUGGAAGGGAGGGGAUAUCCCUCUUCCGGAGGAUGAACCAAGAGGGGUAUCACCCAGAUGAGAGCGCUUUUGCUAGUGCGUUUUUCGCGUGCAGCUGCAUUGGCUCGCUCUCUGAUGCCCGAUCAAUCCACGCAAAUUUCAGAGAAUUCAACUCCGUGUCAAAUGAGCUCAUGUUGGGGGGUCUUAUCAUCAGCAUGUACGGAGGAUGCGGAGACCUCACCACAGCUGCUAACGAGUUCCACGCGCUCUUACUUCCGUACCAUGGCAGCCCCGUGCUGUGGAGCACCAUGGUAGCCGCAUAUUCCCAGAAUGGUCUUGUGGAGCGGGCCAUGGUAUUGUUCUCGACAAUGUUUCUAGAGGGGGUCGAACCCAGCGACCUGACGUUUGUGACCAUCCUGGCGGCGUGCAGCCACGGUGGGCGGUUGCAUGAGGGGCUGUACUAUUUCCGGGUAAUGUGUACGGACUGUGGGAUAGCUCCCGGCGUCCAACACUACCACUGUUUGAUUGAUCUCUUGGGGCGGAGUGGGAGGCUGGAGGAGGCGAGAGAACUGGUCACCUCUUGUGCGGAUCCGGGAGCAUGGACAAUUCUCCUGGGAAAGUGUAAAUUACACGGUAAUGCACGGUUGGGAAAGGUGGCGACAACUAAUUUGGAUCAUCAUGUACCUGGACCUUACCUCUUACUGGCAAACGCAUACACCCUUAGAUAA